UAGCUUCGGAGCCAAUUCCGAACCUAAGCUUCGGUUAUUUUUCAGACUCUCUCUCAAGUGUCUCUCUACUGUGUUUUACUCCGUUAAAAUUUCCGACUUUCCAAACUCCACUGCACUUCUUCUUCUGAUCACAAAACCCUAACCCUAGGUAAACAAAUUACAAAUGCUUGAUCAACGAAGAUCGUCGCUGAUUUGAGUUUGGAUCCGUAUUUCGGCUUCGUCUGAGCUUGGAUUGAUUUUUGACCGGCCAGAAUGGCAUUGAGUAAUUGGGAAGCAGAUAAGAUGCUUGAUGUAUACAUUUAUGAUUAUUUGGUAAAGAAAAAAUUGCAUGCUACUGCCAAGUCCUUCAUGACUGAAGGGAAGGUCGCCCCAGAUCCAGUAGCUAUUGACGCACCUGGGGGCUUCCUUUUUGAAUGGUGGUCUGUUUUCUGGGACAUUUUUAUUGCAAGAACAAAUGAUAAACAUUCGGAAGCUGCUGCUGCAUACAUAGAGCAAAUCAAAACAAAAGAGCAACAACAACAGCUGCAAAUGCUGCAAAUGCAGCAAAUGCGUCAUGCUCAGAUGCAACGUAGGGAUCCAAAUCAUCCUCCCCUUGGUCCGCUCAACCCCAUGAGUUCUGAAGGAGUGCUUGGGCAGUCUACUGCCAGUGCGUUGGCAGCAAAAAUGUAUGAGGAGCGCAUGAAACACCCUAAUCCAAUGGAUUCAGAGACUUCUCAACCACUCCUUGAUGCUAGGAUGGCUCUUCUUAAAUCAGCAACAAACCACCCUGGUCAGCUGGUCCCAGGGAACCAGGGUAGUGUCAAUGCAGCAUUACAGCAAAUACAAGCACGGACCCAGCAGAACCCUGACAUCAAACCUGAAGUUAACAUGGCCAAUGCUCAGAGAUCUUUGCCAAUGGAUCCUUCAAUGUAUGGGCAGGGAAUGAUGCAGUCAAAACCAGGAAUAGGGAAUGCAGCAGGUCUUAACCCAGGAGUCAGUGGUCUACCUUUAAAGGGGUGGCCUUUAACUGGUAUCGACCAAAUCCGGCCUGGUUUAGGGGCACAAGUUCAAAAGCCUUUCCUUCAAAACACAAAUCAAUUUCAGCUUCUGCCACAACAACAGCAACAGCAAAUCUUAUCACAUGUACAGGGGCAGGGCAAUCUUACUAGUACAACUAUGUAUGGUGGUGAUAUGGAUGCUCAAAGGCUUAGAGGAUUACCUAGGGGACCUUUAAAUGCAAAAGAUGGCCAGUCGAUUGCAAAUGAUGGAUCUAUAGGCUCUCCAAUGCAAUCAACUUCAUCAAAGGUCAAUAGCAUGACAAAAAGUGUGAUGAUGUAUGGUGCAGAUGGAACUGGAGGUCUUGCAUCCUCAACAAACCAGCUGGAAGACAUGGAUCAGUUUGGUGAUGUUGGCUCGUUAGAAGACAAUGUGGAUUCUUUCUUAUCACAUGAUGAUGGAGAUGGAAGAGAUUUGUUUGGCACAUUGAAAAGGAAUCCAGAACAUGCAACAGAGCCGUCAAAGGGUUUUUCCUUCAAUGAAGUAAGUUCAAUACGUAAAAGCAACAGUAAAGUUGUCUGCUGUCAUUUCUCUUCUGAUGGUAAAAUAUUAGCCAGUGCUGGACAUGACAAAAAGGUUGUUCUCUGGAACAUGGAUACACUUCAAACUGAUAGCACUCCUGAGGAACACAGUUUGAUAAUAACAGAUGUUCGAUUUAGACCAAAUUCCACUCAACUGGCAACUUCUUCAUUUGAUACAACAGUGCGACUUUGGGAUGCUGCAGAUCCAAGUUAUGUCAUUCGUACGUAUUCAGGGCAUACCUCGCAUGUGCUGUCGCUUGAUUUCCAUCCUAAGAAGACUGAGCUUAUGUGCUCUUGUGAUGCAAAUAAUGAGAUUCGCUAUUGGAAUCUCAAUCAAUAUAACAGCACUCGUGUUUCCAAGGCUAGUAUUGAUAUUCUUCUUUCUCUCUUAUUAGUUUACGAGGCUGCAAUGGCUAUAGUUUAGUUUUUGUUCUAAAUAUUAUAUUUAAUGUAGCAGGGAGGUUCAGCACAAGUGAGGUUUCAGCCAAGAACUGGACACUACAUGGCUGCAGCAGCAGGGAACAUUAUCUCUAUAUUUGAUGUUGAGACUGACAGACAGACCCACUCCUUACCGGGGCACACAACUGAGGUACAUUCUCUUUGUUGGGAUACAAAUGGAGAUCUUUUGGCAUCUGUCAGUCAAGAUUCUGUCAGAGUCUGGUCGUUAGGUUCAGGAGAGUGCAUUCAUGAGCUCAAUUCCAGCGGGAAUAUGUUCCAGUCCUGUGUAUUCCAUCCAAGCUACUCCACUCUCUUGGUCAUUGGAGGCUACCAGUCGUUGGAGCUGUGGAACUUAGCUGAGAAUAAAUGUAUGACGAUUCAGGCUCACGAGGGCGUUAUAUCGGCCUUGGCACAAUCACCAAUGACAGGGAUGGUUGCCUCUGCCAGUCAUGACAAAUCAGUUAAAAUUUGGAAGUAAAAUUUUCGCAAACUUUGGUUUCAAUGAAUCGACCAAAGAAUCCGCAGUAGUACUGAUUUUACUGAGCACUUCUAUUCUCAAAUGCAGAAACUUUGAAUAAAAGAUUAAGAUAGAGAAGCUCAAAAUGUGUAUUUAAUAUAAUCCGAUUUAAUAUUUGUUCUUCUUAUUUGGUUUCAUCUUUUCAUUGUUUACUGUUUUCAUAUAGGUAAUAAGAGUGAUUUUUAGGUUUCCAGGUACUUUUGAACUUUCGUUGUUUUCAAGGGUGAAUAUAUACUAGUAUUUCAAAGAUGUAAAGUUUCUUUUCCUAGGUUAUUAAUGUUGGGAUUUUAUUUAUUUA